AUGCUUACGGAGGAAUGUAGUGCCAGAAUCCAGAAUAAGCUCCCACCAAAACUAAAAGAUCCAAGGAGUUUUACCGUUCAUUGCAAAAUCGCUAAAGUAACCACUGUGACACUUCAGCUGGCUGACAGGUCACUGAUACAUCCCAAAGGAAUAAUUGAAUAUGUGCUUAUCAAGGUUGAGAAGUUCAUAUUCCCAGCGAAUUUUCUUAUCCUGGACAUGGAAGAAGACAAGGACGUCCCAUUGAUACUUGGCAGACCAUUUCUGGCAACAGAGAGAGCGUUAAUUGAUGUUCAAAGGGGUCGGUUGAUUUUAAGAUUGAGAGAGGAGUAUAUAUCGUUCAAUGUAUUCACGGCAAUGAAACUAUCAGCAGAGUCUGACAGCUGUUAUCAAAUUGACAUUAUUAACAAGACAGUACAAGAAACAUUCCUACUACACGGUCCAUCUGAUGCCUAUGAGGCAUGUAUUGCACAAUCCUAA